GAUGGCAUAGUAAACCCCACGGUGAGGAAGGACUUGAAGACCGUCCCAAAAUUCUACUGUUGUCCGAUUGAAGGAUGCCCCCGAGGCCCCGACAGGCCGUUUUCACAGUUUUCUCUCGUGAAGCAGCACUUCAUGAAGAUGCACGCCGAGAAGAAGCACAAGUGCGCCAAGUGCGGCAACUCGUACGGCACAGAGUGGGACCUGAAGAGGCACGCGGAGGACUGCGGCAAGACCUUCCAGUGCACGUGCGGCUGCCCCUACGCCAGCAGGACGGCGCUGCAGUCGCACAUCUACCGCACGGGCCACGAGAUCCCGGCGGAGCACAGGGAUCCACCUAGUAAAAAAAGGAAAAUGGAAAACUACCUGCAGAACCAGAAGUUGUCCACAAAUACCAUCGAAUCCUUCAGCAGCCAGCCAAACCCUCGGCCAGACGCCCAGGAACUGGAGACUAAAGACAUAAAACUCGUAGCCUCGCUUGAGGACUCGCGCGGCUCCAGGAAGCAGAGCAUCACCACACCUGCACGAUGCCCUCAGAAACUGCUCUUACCGAAGCCCAAGGUGGCUCUGGUGAAGCUUCCGGUCAUGCAGCUGUCGCCUGUGCCGCUCUUUGUGCCUACAGCCGACUCUUCGACCCAGCCCGUGGUGCUGGGAGUCGAUCAGGGCUCGGCAGCGAGUGCCGUGCACCUGGUGCCCCUGUCCGUGGGGGCCCUGAUCCUCGGCCUGGAUUCCGAGGCGUGCUCCGUGAAGGAGAGCCUGCCUUUCUCGAAAGUUGUAAAUGCUGGUGUUGAGCCGGUUAGUACAGGUGUUCAGGUGAACCUGGGGAAGUGUCUCAGCCCUUCCCACGAGCUAGGGAGCCCCUGUCCGAGGAACAGCAUCUCGUCUAUCAACGUGCAGACGGAUCUGUCCUGUGCCUCGCAGCACGUGGUCCCCUCUGCUCCGUGGGUCGGCCCUGACUCCUCCGUGUCGUCUUGCUCACAAACUGACCUGUCGUUUCGUUCGCAGGUGUCCCUUCCCAUUAGUGUCCACACUCAGACGCUUGUGCCCGGCUCGAAAGCGGUGUCAUCCAUCGCUGCGCAGACGGACGCUUUCGCUGACGCCUGCCUCCAGCCAGGUGGGGUCUCCAGGGAGACCCAGACCUGCGGGGUGCCCAGGCCCCCAGACCACCGGCUGCAGAUGGACCAAGCCGGGAUGUGUGGGGACAUCUUUGACAGCGUCCAUUCCUCAUACAGCGUUCCCACGGACAGCGUGAUGAGCAGCAGUUUAGUAGCAGAGCCCGUCCCUCACAGCCUGUUACCUCAGAGCAGCCCCAAGGCUCUCAGCGAAGGGAUGGAGAAAUCCACCCCCAUCUUAAACUUCAGUGCACAGAGCGGUCUGCUUCCCUCUCAGAACAUGACUGAUAACCAGACCCAGACCAUAGAUCUCCUAAGCGACUUAGAAAAUAUCUUGUCGAGCAGUCUGCCCGGCCAGACGCUGGACAGCCGUGGGCUUUUGUCUGACACCAACCCCGGGCCCGACACCCCGCUCCCCUCUGGCCCCGCUCAGAACCCCAGCAUCGAUUUUGAUAUUGAAGAGUUCUUCUCGGCUUCCAACACCCAGACCCAGACUGAGGAGAGCGGCCUGGGCGCCAUGCACACGGAGCCAGUCCUGGAGUCGCUGGACAUCGAGACCCAGACUGACUUCUUCCUUACAGACCCGUCUGCGCCGCCCUAUGCGUGCAGGGCCGGCGCCCACUUCCUAGGGCUCGAGAUGUUCGACACGCAGACCCAGACGGACUUAAACUUCUUCCUGGACAGCAGCCCUCACCUGCCCCUCGGCAGCAUCCUGAAACACUCCAGCUUUUCCAUGAGUACCGAUUCGUCCGACACCGAGACCCAGACGGAGGCCCUCUCCGCCACCCGAAAUGGCCCUGCUCUGGAGAGCAAGGUGCAGCUGAACAGCGCCGAGACGCAGACCAGCAGGUCGAGCCUGGAGGCACUGGGGAGCUUGUUCUUCACCAGCAACGAAACGCAGACAGCCAUGGACGACUUCCUGCUGGCCGAUCUGGCCUGGAACACCAUGGAGUCUCAGUUCAGCUCCGUAGAAACCCAGACGUGUGCUGAGCUGCACAACUUCUAAAGAUCAGGCCAGUGUGGGUGGCGUUUGCCAUCUCCUCCCAGACUUAAAAAAAAAGAAAACGGGGAACAGGGAUGACAGUAUUAACUCUGUUGAAUGUAGUCCAUGACACAGUUGCUUAGGUUCUUCGCGAUUCUUUUCCUUUUGUACUUGUAAACAGUUCGUGUAUAAAUGUGAGUGUAUUAUAAAGUGUGAGAUGUUGAUCUGAAAAUGUUUUCAUGUUGCCUACAUUUGCGCUUUCACAGCUGGUCUUUCCAUCCUGUGUCAAACGCAUACAGCCAGGUAGCUGAAGCCAAGCUUCCCGGUACUGGGGUGCAGACUUCUUGCAUCUUCCGGUUAAUUUUAGCCAAGCGUAGCACACAUAAACUGCGCCUGAAAUGCUCCUGACGAUGCUGUCCUUGUACCCGCUUUGCCAUCUCCUCCCCUCUCUUCUCUCCUCAAACACCGCGGGAAACCACAGCUCUCUGUAUGUAAAUUUUUGCAGCAGUUUUCUUGAAGUCACUGCCGUCCUGUCUCAUGAGUGAUCACUGAUGCUGGGUACGGUCCUGCCUCACCAGAGAGUUGUUGCUGUGAAAUUACUGCCUAGAGAAGGAGCAGCCGGCGCUUAGCAUAAAUAGCGAAGCUCUCAGCCCCAUCUUCGGGGAUGCAAUUGAGCCUGGUUUAAGAGUAAAAUGCCUCCCCGUGCUCUUGCACCACCAUCAAUCGGGAAGACAUCCGUGACCAAUGGUACGGGGUCUCCUCCAUGCAGCAAGCUGCCCUGCAGCUGGGUGACCCAGGGCAAUCCAGUUCUGACACCACCUGCAGUCUGCUCUCCAGAAGGUCUAGCAGCCAGCCAGAAACUGGAGUUACCAUCACUCCCUCCUUCAAUUUGAUUCAUUUGCUAGAGCAGCUCGCAGAACUCAGGGAAACCCGGGCCGUGGGUAUUGGAGAGGAUACAGAUGAAAAAUGCCCUGGGUGAGUGGGAAGGAGACAGAGCUGUGCCCUCGAGGAGCACCAUGCGCUGGUUCAGCUGUGCGAAGCUCUUGGAACCCAGUUCUCUCGGGUUCUUCCGGAGGCCUCAUGACGUGAGUGUGGUUGAUUAAAUUAUUGGCCUCGGUGGUCAGCUUAACCUGCAGCUCCUUUCCCCUCCUUGAAGGCUGGAAAGAAGUGAAGUGAAAAGUGCCCAGCCGUCUAACCAUGCUGGGUCUCCCUUGUGCCCAGUCCCUUCCUGAAGCUCUCUGGGGACCGCCAGCGACCAGCGAUCGCAUUAUAGUGCAACAGCAACGAACACUGCAGAGAUUACGGGGCGUUUACAUGGUGUGUGCCAAGGAGGAAGGCCAAGUGUUCAUGACACAUCACCACAUCCACAAACAUCCCGCUCUCCACGGCAGGCCGGCGUGGGCUCCAGAGCUGCUUCCCGUCCACGGUGCCCGCUGCCUCCUGGUGUUGUCCCUCCUUAUGCUGAAAAGGACAUGGCCCCCCAUACCCAGGUUUCACUGCUUCACACUUCAAAGCUUUACGGGACAAGGGUGCAAUCUACGAUCAUUUUAAAGUGGCUUUUCCUUCCAUCCACCACUCAUCUUGUCCUCAAAUAAGGAAACACAUUGGUCAAGGAUAUAUUUUGUGCCUUGAGGCUAACAGUUACACAAUAGUUCCAUCCAAAAUAUGGUAUUCUGCUUAUUGUUGCUUUAUUUAAAGAGUAAGAUAGUCUUCAAAGAAAAUGAAGAAGAAGGAAACCUAUUGCUUCAAGAACAUGUUCUGUGUUUUGAGCCAAGCACACGGUCAAGUAUGCUUCACCGGUUCUUUGUACCCAGGUCCUGACUUCUUAACGGUUGCCCAGCUGUCAGGAGGGUGAGAAUCAGUCCCGCCUGUGAGGUCCCUACGGUUGCUCCAGAAUGCUCUGCUCUCUCUGUGGCUGCGCCUGUGCUGCAGAGGGCUAACUCCUCAAAACCGAAGCAACUAAUGAUUCCUGACAGUAAAUGCGUGGAGUGCUGCGUGCUCCUAACGCCCAUCCAUCCAGCUGAUACAAAGAAUGGUAAUGAAUGCAUGGGCACCACCUGGGCAGAUAGACGAGCUCAACCUGUUAGAUAAGUGUGCUUCGAUUGCAGUUGCCUAUGAGCGUGGGUUUCAAACAUAAAGCCUUAACUUAGCUUGUCAUUGUUUUAGACUUGUCACUGCCUUAAUGUCCAGACAUCUAUUUAAGUCAUCCUGAUAAAGGAGAAAUGCAUGUUGGUUUAUGGCUUUUUGUAAAUAUCAAUGCAGUGAUCUAUGGCUUUAAACCUUUUCUGUGUGUCUGUGAAAAUGUUGGUUAACUCGGCCCAUAGUUAUUUACAGAAAAAUGGAGCAUGUAGUUGUUCUUCGUGUGCAAGAGCUGUUUCUCCCCAAACUUUAGUCAGCUGGUUUGUCCUAAGAUUGUUUGUAAAACUGAGAUCCAGUGAUUAAACAGAAGUGAGUAUUCUGCC